CGCCCUCUAGUGGUCAAAGACACCCAGAACACAUGGUGAAGUGUUUACUCUCCCCUGUACAGGCUCUGUGGUGCAGCAUGGUGUUGUAUGGGAGUCACAUUGGGUUCAGUAUGGAGGGUAAAUAGUGAUAAGGAGCGUAAAUAGUGAUGUUUAGGCCCGUGUGUCUGUGUACAUCUCGGAUCCACAGCUCCGCCGCGCUGCUGAAGAAGGCUCCGCUGAAGCUGAAGGGCCGCAGCGGGGCUGAGCAGCGCUGGCUGGUCCGGCAGCUCAGCGACCCGUUCGUUAAAGCCGCUCAGACCCAGAACUACCGCUGCCGGAGCGCCUUCAAACUGUGGGAGAUAGACGAUCAGUACCGGCUGCUGAGCCCCGGACUCAGCGUUAUAGACUGCGGAGCUGCGCCCGGAGCCUGGAGCCAAGUAGCCGUGCAGAGAGUCAACUCAGCCGGGGAGCGGCCAGAUGUACCCCGAGGAAGCGUCAUUGGAAUAGAUCUGCUGUACAUUGCCCCCCUGGAAGGUGCACACUUCCUGUGCAAUCAGGAUAUCACCCAUCCCGCCACUCAUGCAGAGCUGCAGCGGCUCCUUCCUCAAGCCUAUGCUGAUGUCAUCCUCAGUGACAUGGCUCCCAACGCCAGCGGGCUCAGGGAGCUCGACCACGAGAGACUAGUGAGCAUGUGUCUCUCACUCCUGGAGCUGGCUGACAGGGUCCUGCGGCCGGGGGGCUCCCUGGUGUGUAAGUACUGGGACGGAGCGCUCGCCCAUAAGCUCCGGGACGGUCUCGCUCGGGUCUUUCGGGACGUCAAGACUGUGAAACCCAAAGCGAGCAGGAAAGAUUCGUCCGAGCUUUAUUUCCUGGCCAGGACAUUCAGGAGGACGUAGUGCUGGUUUUCCAUCUACUCAUUAAUAAAAAGAUAAUUUAAUUCAUUUUUAUUGGACACCAUGGCCCCUGUGGUAGAACUACGGUCUGAAAUAUUGGCCUUUUUAGACUAUUUAGACCUGUCAUUGUCACAGCUGAUUGGUUUGAAAUCAUUAAAGAGGACAUUUCAAUAAUUAACUUUGAAUGAAGCAGAUUAGAAUUACAGACCUUCCACCCUGUACAUGAAAAAUAUUAUAUUAGUCUCCUUUUUUUUUGGAUGAGAUGAUGAGUUUGGCCUCAUCAUAAAGGACACCAAUAGUGCAGAAGCGGUAGCAGAUUAUACUGUUUAUACAGUUUAUAAUGACCCCUGUAACCAAGGGCUGCUAUCUUUUAUGCAGUAUACAGCUCUGGAAAAAAAAUAAGAGACCACUAAAAAUGAUGAGUUUCUUUGAUUUUUCCAAAUUGAAAACCUCUGGAAUAUAAUCAAGAGAAAGAUGGAUGAUCACAAGCCAUCAAACCAAACUGAACUGCUUCAAUAUUUGCACCAGGAGUAAAGGCAUAAAGUUAUCCAAAAGCAGUGUGUAAGACUGGUGGAGGAGAACAUUAUGCCAGGAUGCAAAACUGUGUUUAAAAAUCCAGAGUUAUAUUGAUUUCUAAACUCUAUGAACUCUAUUGAUUUCUUUAUCAAUCAUUUUCUGCAAAUAAAUGCCCUGAAUGACAAUAUUUUUAUUUGGAAUUUGGGAGAAAUGUUGUCUGUAGGUUAUAGAAUAAAACAUAUACACUCAAACAUAUAUCUAUAAAUAGCAAAAAAGGUGUAAAAAGCAGUAAAGGUGGGAUAUCUGAAAUGAGUUGCAAUGAUGAAGUUGUAUGGUUAUAUUUGUUUUCAUUAUUAAUUCCAAUACACAAUAUAAACUGUAUUAGAUUUAAUAUAAGUUAAGAUAUUGAUUUCACAGUUACUUUGGUAAAUAGUUUAUUCUUAAAGAAAAAACAAAAUGCUGUUAAAGGCAACUGUUACAAUGUAAACAGAGUCAUUCAUAGUGGUGUGAUGUAAGUGGGGUGAUUUAAUCUCAUUUAUUCUCCAAACAGAUUAGUUGCUAAAAUUGGAGUAUAAUGAGUCAAAGUUCUUUGCAUACUGUUAUCUUUUUUAUCAUAUAUCAUAUCAUAUUGUAAUGUAGGCCUCAGUUUCAUUUAGACACACAUUAUUGGAGCAUGUCAACUUGACCUCAUCCUCCACUGUCCAAAUCCACAAGUCCAAAUGUCAGAAUAAUAUAAAAAACAAACAUUAUACCAGUUGCAGAUUCAUUUUCAAGGGUCAGUUUAACAGCCAUUGCUGUGAACGAGGUCACUCAACCAGCCGUUUACUGUAUGUGAUCUGAAUGCACAGUAUAGCACUCCUGCAUAAGGGUUCACCAGGUCAGUUAUUAGUGCUUAUUAUAGAAAAUGAUUCUUCUUUUGUGACUGACAGAGUUGAGGUAGUGGAGUUCCAGUGAUUGACAGCUGGGAUUAUUACAGUGAAUGCUUUAAUUUGAGCUUGCUGUAAUAAGGGCAUGUCAUUUAACCACAGACACUUCUUUUGGUUUACAUCCUUGAUAUCUUUAAACAUCGUUUUUACACUUUGUUUCCUCCCACAGCCUAAAAACAUGGAGAUCAGGUGAAUUGGUGACUAAAUUGCCCUGGCGAGUGUGUGUGUAUGUGUGUGAAUAAGUGUAUACAGGUGCAUCUCAACAAUUUAAAAGAAUAUCAUUGACCAUCAUUAAAUUUUACAUUUAAUUUGUAAAUCAAGGGAGCAGAGUCUGGAGGAAGAGUGGAGAGACACACAGUCCAAACUGCUCGAGGUCUAGUGUGAAGUUUCCACCAAUCAGUGAUGGUUUGGAGAGACAUGUCAUCUGCUGGUGUUGAUCCACUGUGUUUUAUUAUCAAGUCUAAAGUCAGUGCAGUUUUGUUUUCCCACAAAAUCUUACAGCACUUCAUGCUUCCCUCUGCUCACAACUUUUAUGGAGAUGUGGAUUUCAUUUUCCAGCAGGACUUGGCACACUGCGUACACUGCAAAAAGUACCAAUUGGUCUUAAUAUAAUAGUCUAAUUUUCUGAGACACUGAUUUUUGGGUUUUCAUUGGCCAUAAUCAUCAACAAUAUAAGAAAUAAACACUUAAAAUAGA